CAAUUGUUCGGUUCACAGUCAAGAUGCCGAGCUUUUUAGGUGUAGCAAUCAGUUUGGCUCUUUUGAGCUUGGUGGUGGGUCAGGCGACGAAUGUCUCCCAGUCCAUGGACCUCUAUAUUCUGCAGAACCAGCGACAGUACGAUGCGAAGAUCAAACAACUGGAAGAUCAGUUGGCCAACUUUAGGAUUCUUUUCAACAAGCGAAUCGAGGCACUAACAGUUCAGGCGGAUUCGAUGCAGUUAAAACUAGAACAAGCCUCCGCGCACCUGGAUCCCAUCACCCUGAUCGAUUCCUGGAGCAAACAGUGUGUUCAAAACUACAGCGUCACCAUCCCAACAGUGAGCGCCGCCAGGACCUCCAUUACCAACUGUGCGGAAAACAUCAACGGGGUCUUAAACUCUCCUGAGAGUACCUACAACACACUAAACAGUUACUAUAAAAAUAAUUUGAAAAACGGACUGGCGCAAUGCGUAAAGCUUCAUCCCACUGCUCAGCUAAACUACACGCUCUGUGUGACCAAGGUGAUUGGCGAUGCCAAUAAGUACACGGUGACCAGCCAGAAUAACUUCAAUAACUACCUUAAAAGUUCCGAGUGUACAGCCGAGAACCGAGUGCGCAGUUCCUGGCAGUGCUCCUUUGGACAGGUGUACUCCAUUACCUCCAGAGUGGAAGUUGCCUUGCAACUCAUCGACACCUGCAUUGCCAAUAGACUGGUGUGCGGCUCUAUCCUCUGCUCCGUUGACAAGCCCUCGUGCCCGAAUGUCGCAAACGUAACUCUGGCUGAGAUCAAUCCCCAAAACGAUACUAUUCGGAACCCUUUCACCUUUGUCACAAACAGUAUGAACUGUGUUGAGUUCAGACUGAACAGAUAAAUAUUAAUACGGUUGUAUUAAUAAUGGUUAAACUGCAAACAAAUUUAAUUCCUUAUACUUAUUAUAUAGAGUCUAGUCCUUUAUAAGAAUCGUGACUAAUUUUAAAAAGAGCUAAAAGGCUUUCGAUUUCUUUCAGAAUGCAACAAAAAAUUGUUUAUACCGAUCAUUCCGUUCCAAUGCAGACUUAAUCUAUAAGUGUGUUCUUACAACAUCUUGUGUAGCAUACUUUUUAAUACCAGGAUAUACACAUUUUUAUCCAUUGUGCCCUUUUUAUGAACUGUGCUAAUUUCUAAAAGAUCAAGUUAUAUCUUUAAAUAAAAAUAUAAAUCUAGUAGCUUAAUCA